ACUUCAAGACGGAGCCGGUUCGGAGCCAGCUUCACCUGGAGCGGAACCGCCUGGUGCUCACCUGCAUGGCGGAGGGUAGCUGGCCUCUGGAGUUCAAGUGGAUCCACAACGGGACCGAGCUGACCCGCUUCUCUCUGGAGUACAGGUACCUGAUCCCCUCCCUGGACCGGUCCCACGCCGGCUUCUACCGCUGCAUCGUCAGAAAUCGCGUCGGCGCCCUCUUGCAGCGGAGGACUGAAGUGCAGGUGGCAUUCAUGGGGAGUUUCGAGGAAGGCGAACGCUCCCAGUCCGUGUCGCAGGGGGAGGGGGCGGUGAUCCCCGCCCCGCGUAUCCGCAGCUUCCCCCAGCCGCAGGUCACAUGGUUCCGGGACGGCCGCAAGAUCCCACCCAGCAGCCGCAUUGCCAUCACCCUGGACAACACCCUGGUCAUUCUGUCCACAGUGGCGCCGGACGCUGGGCGAUACUAUGUGCAGGCUGUCAAUGACAAGAACGGAGAGAACAAGACCAGCCAGCCCAUCACUCUGUCUGUGGACAACGUGGGGGGCCCGGCAGACCCCAUCGCCCCCACCAUCAUCAUCCCCCCACGGAACACUAGCGUGGUGUCUGGCACGUCCGAGGUGACCAUGGAGUGCGUGGCCAACGCCAGGCCUCUCAUCAAGCUCAGCAUCACCUGGCGGAAGGACGGCGUUGUGGUCACCAGCGGUCUGAGCGACUUCAACCGCAGGCUGACCAUCAUCAGCCCGGUGGUCAGCGACUCUGGCUUCUACGAGUGCGAGGCGGUGCUCCGCAGCAGCAGCGUCCCCUCUGUCAGCGCUGGGGCCUACCUGCACGUGCUCGAGCCACCCCAGUUUGUGAAGGAGCCAGAGAGGCACAUUACUGCAGAGAUGGAGAAGGUGGUGGACAUCCCCUGUCAGGCCCGAGGUGUCCCGCAGCCGGACAUCGUGUGGUACAAGGACGCGGUGCCCAUCAGUCCCGUGAAGACGCCCCGCUACAGGGUCUUGGUGGGGGGGAGCCUGCAGGUCAACGGCCUCCUGCCGGACGACACCGGCAUGUUCCAGUGUUUCGCCCGAAACCUGGCUGGAGAGGUUCAGACCAACACUUACCUGGCAGUCACAAGUAUCGCCCCCAACAUCACCGCCGGCCCAUCGGACAGCACGGUGAUCGACGGCAUGUCCGUCAUCCUGCACUGCGAGACCUCCGGCGCCCCCCGGCCCGCCAUCACCUGGCAGAAAGGUGAGCGAAUCCUGGCCAGCGGCUCUGUCCAGUUGCCCCGUUUCACCCUGCUGGAGUCCGGCAGCCUGCUCAUUAGCCCCUCCCACAUCUCGGACGCCGGCACCUACACCUGCAUGGCCAGCAACUCCCGAGGCAUCGACGAGGCCGCUGCUGACCUGGUGGUCUGGGCUCGAACCCGCAUCACCAGCCCGCCCCAGGACCAGAGCGUCAUUAAAGGGACGAAGGCCACCAUGACCUGUGGGGUGACCCACGACCCCAGCGUUACCGUCAGGUAUGUGUGGGAGAAGGAGGGCACGGUGCUCAACGCCCAGUCCAUCCCCCGCAUCCGAAUCGACGCCGACGGCACGCUGCACAUCUCCCAGACCUGGUCGGGCGACAUCGGGACCUACACCUGCAGGGUCACCUCCGUGGGGGGCAACGACUCCCGUAGCGCACACCUGCGUGUCAGGCAGCUUCCCCAUGCACCAGAGAACCCUGCUGCCAUGCUGAGCGCCACAGAGAAGAGGGCCAUCAACCUGACCUGGGCCAAGCCCUUUGACGGGAACAGCCCCCUCAUCCGCUACAUCCUGGAGGUGUCUGAGAACAAUGCUCCCUGGACAGUGCUCCUGGCCAACAUCGAGCCGGAGUCCACCGGAGUGACUGUGAGCGGCCUCAUCCCAGCACGGUCCUAUCAGUUCAGGCUCUGCGCGGUCAACGAUGUGGGCAAAGGCCAGUUCAGCAAGGAGACUGAUCGAUUGUCCCUGCCGGAGGAGCCCCCCAGUGCACCCCCGCAGAACGUCAUUGCCAGCGGACGCACCAACCAGUCCAUCAUGAUCCAGUGGCAGCCCCCUCCAGAGAGUCACCAGAACGGGCUCCUGCGGGGGUACUCUGUACGGUACUGCUUGGCCGGUCUGCCGGUGGGCUACCAGUACAAGAACAUCACCAACCCGGACGUGACGAACCUGCUGCUGGAGGACCUCAUCAUCUGGACCAACUACGAGAUAGAGGUGGCCGCCUACAAUGGGGCAGGGCUUGGGACCUUCAGCCACAAGGUGACUGAGUGGACCCUGCAAGGAGUGCCAACCAUCGCCCCGGGCAACGUGCAGGCAGAGGCGGUCAACUCCACUACCAUUCGGUUCACCUGGACCGCCCCCAGCCCCCAGUUCAUCAACGGCAUCAACCAGGGCUAUAAGCUGUUGGCAUGGGAACCGGGUCAGGAGGAGGAGGUUACCGUGGUGACGGUGCGGCCCAACUUCCAGGACAGCGUCCACGUGGGCUACAUCACGGGGCUGAAGAAGUUCACGGAGUACUACACCUCGGUGCUGUGCUUCACCACGCCCGGCGACGGCCCCCGGAGUCCGCCGAAAGCGCUGCGCACGCAUGAGGACACCCCUGGUGCCGUGGGCCACCUCAGCUUCACAGAGAUCCUGGACACGUCUCUGAAAGUGAGCUGGAGGGAGCCGCACGAGAAAAACGGCAUCCUUACAGGGUACCGCAUCUCCUGGGAGGAGUACAACCGCACCAACACGCGGGUCACCCAUUACCUCCCCAACGUCACGCUGGAGUACAGGGUCACAGGCCUCACCGCGCUGACCACCUACACCAUCGAGGUCGCCGGCAUGACCUCUAAGGGACAAGGGCAGCUAUCCUCCUCCACCAUCUCCUCAGGCGUCCCUCCAGAGCUGCCCGGCCCCCCCACCAACAUGGCAAUCUCCAACAUCGGCCCCCGCUCCGUGACCCUGCAGUUCAAGCCCGGCUACGACGGCAAGACAUCCAUCUCGCGCUGGCAGGUGGAGGCGCAGAUCGGAGUGAUCGGAGAGAGCGAGGACUGGACCAUGGUCCAUCAGGUGCCCAACGAACCCGAUGCCCGCUCCCUCGAGGUGCCUGGCCUCAACCCCUACACCUUCUACAGGUUCCGCAUGCGCCAGGUUAACAUCGUGGGCACCAGCCCCCCCAGCCAGCCGUCCCGGAAGAUCCAGACCCUGCAGGCGCCCCCCGACAUCGCCCCCGCCAACGUGACGCUGCGCACAGCCAGCGAGACCAGCCUGUGGCUGCGCUGGGUGCCUCUGCCUGAGUGGGAGUACAAUGGAAACCCAGAGCUAGUGGGCUACCGGGUCCAGUACGCCCGCACCGGCUCGCAGGCCCGGGCUCUGACCCACGUCAUCGCAGACCGCCUGGAGCGGGAGUUCACCAUCGAGGACCUGGAGGAGUGGACUGAGUACGAGGUCCGAGUGCAGGCCCUCAACGGCAUCGGAGCUGGACCCUGGAGCCAGCCCGUCAGAGGGAGAACCCGAGAGUCUGUCCCCUCUUGUGGCCCCACCAAUGUCUCGGCCUUCGCCACCACCUCCAGCAGCAUCCUGGUGCGAUGGUUCGAGGUCCCAGAGCCCGACCGCAACGGACUCAUCCUGGGGUACAAGGUGGUGUAUAAGGAGAAGGACUCGGACUCGCCCCUGCAGUUCUGGACGGUGGAAGGCAACGCCAGUUACAGCGUGCAGCUGACCGGCCUGGGGAAGUACGUGCUGUACGAGAUCCAGGUCCUGGCCUUCACCCGCAUCGGGGACGGGAUGCCCAGCGCCCCCCCGAUCCUGGAGCGCACCCUGGAUGACGUUCCGGGCCCCCCUGUCGGUAUCCUGUUCCCGGAGGUGCGGACCACCUCGGUCAGGCUCAUCUGGCAGUCCCCCGCCCAGCCCAACGGCAUUAUCCUGGCCUAUCAGAUCACGUACCGGCUGAACUCCACCAACAGCAACACGGCCACCGUGGACGUGCUGAACCCGAGCGCGCGCCAGUACACGGUGACCGGCCUGAAGCCCGAGUCCGUCUACGUGUUCCGCAUCACGGCCCAGACGCGCAAGGGCUGGGGGGAGGCGGCCGAGGCGCUGGUGGUCACCACGGAGAAGAGAGCGCGCCCCCAGCCCACCAGCCGCCCCACUGUGCAGCAGGAGGAUGUUCAGGCCCGCAGCGUUCUGUUGUCAUGGGAACCGGGUAGCGAUGGCCUCUCGCCCGUCCGCUACUACACCGUCCAGUCCAGAGAGCUGCCAGACAGCAACUGGACUGUUCACUCGGCCUCUGUCAACCAUGAGGCCACCUCUUACAUCGUGGACAGGCUUAAGCCCUUCACCUCCUACCAGUUCAGAGUGAAGGCCACCAACGACAUUGGGGAUAGUGAAUACAGUGAGGAGAGCGAGGCCAUCACCACGCUGCAGGACGUCCCGGACGAAGCUCCCACAAUCCUCUCCGUCACGCCGCACACCACCACCUCCGUGCUGAUCCGAUGGCAGCCGCCCUCAGAGGAGCGGAUCAACGGGAUCCUGCUGGGUUUCCGGGUCCGGUACCGGGAGCUGCUGUACGACCGGCUCCGGAGCUUCAGCGUCAGAACCGUCAACAGUCCCUCCGUCACCUGGGCCGAGCUCACCUCCCCCUACAGCAUUCGGAACCUGAGCGAGUCCACCCUCACCCAGUACGAGCUGGACAACCUGAGCAAACACAAGCGCUACGAGAUUCGGCUGAGUGUGUACAAUGCUGUAGGGGAGGGGCCGACCAGCACUCCGCAGGAGGUGUUCGUGGGAGAGGCAGUCCCCACGGCCCCGCCCCAAAACGUAGCCAUCCAAUCAGCAACCGCCACCCAGCUGGAUGUGACAUGGGACCCUCCUCCCCCAGAAACUCAGAAUGGAGACAUUCAGGGGUACAAGAUCUACUUCUGGGAGUUCCAGCGGCAGAACGAGACGGAGCGCCUGCGGACCCUCUUCCUCCCCGAGGGGGGGGUCAAGCUGAAGAACCUGACGGGCUACACCACCUACAUGAUCAGCGUGGCCCCCUUCAACGCUGCCGGAGACGGGCCCCGCAGCCCCCCCACCAGGGGGCGCACUCAGCAGGCCGCUCCCAGUGCUCCCAGCUUCAUCCACUUCAGCGAGCUCACCACCACCUCUGUCAACGUCUCCUGGGGGGAGCCGGUGUACCCCAACGGCAUCAUCGAGGGCUACCGGCUCGUCUACGAGCCCUGUACACCCGUGGACGAGUCCUCAGUGGCCUGUGCCGACUCCUGUCUUCACUCCCCCUCCCCCCCAGGCGUCAGUAAGAUUGUGACGGUUGACGUGAAGGGGAGCGCCCCCUUGUGGAUGAAAAUCAAGGAUCUGGCCGACGGGGUCACCUACAACUUUCGCAUCCGGGCCAAGACCUUCACCUAUGGGCCUGAGGUGGAGGCCAACAUCACCACGGGGCCCGGGGAAGGUGCUCCCGGUCCGCCCGGAGAGCCCUUCAUCUCACGCUACGGCUCGGCCCUCACCAUCCACUGGGCCAACGGUGACCCCGGGCGAGCGCCUAUCACCCGCUACGUCAUCGAGGCCAGACCCUCAGAUGAGGGAUUGUGGGACAUCUUGAUCAAGGACAUCCCCAAAGAGGUGACCUCAUACACAUUCAAUAUGGAUAUCCUAAAGCAAGGGGUCAGCUAUGACUUCCGGGUCAUCGGCGUGAAUGACUAUGGAUACGGCUCUCCCAGCCCCCCGUCGCCUUCAAUAUCAGCCCAAAAGGUGGCUCCCUUCUAUGAGGAGUGGUGGUUCCUGGUGGUGGUGGCGCUGGUGGGCCUCAUCUUCAUCCUCCUCCUGGUCUUCAUCCUCAUCAUUCGGGGCCAGAGCAAGAAGUAUGCCAAGAAGUCGGACUCAGGAAACAACUCCAACUGCAACGCGCUCACCCACGGGGAGAUGGUCAGCCUGGACGAGGGCCGCUUCCCAGCCCUGGAGCUCAACAACCGGCGGCUGUCCGUCAAAAACUCCUUCUGCCGCAAGAACGGGGUCUACACCAGGUCUCCUCCGCGGCCCAGCCCCGGCAGCCUGCACUACUCCGACGAGGACGUCAGCACCAAGUACAACGACCUGAUCCCGGCGGAGAGCAGCAGCCUGACAGAGAAGCCCUCCGAGAUCUCCGACUCGCAGGGCAGCGACAGUGAGUACGAGGUGGAGCAGAACCGGCAGAAGACCCACUCCUUCGUCAACCACUACAUCAGCGACCCCACCUACUACAACUCCUGGCGCCGGCAGCAGAAGGGUAUAUCCCGGGCCCAGGCCUACAGCUACACCGAGUCGGAUUCGGGGGACCCGGAGCACUGCGCCCCGCCUCCGCCCCUGCCUCCCUUGCCUCCGCUCCCCCCGCAGCUUAACUCUACCCCCCAGGCCCAGGGCCAGGGGAGCCUCUUCAGGCCCAAGGGCAGCCGGACUCCCACCCCAUGCCAGCAGACCUCCAACCCCCCCAGCCAGCACAGCACCCUCUACAGGCCCCCCAGCAGCCUCGCGCCCGGAUCCCGGGCCCCCAUCGCCGGCUUCUCCUCCUUCGUUUGAUGCAGCCGGACUUUUGUCUCCGGUGG